AUGGCUCUAAUUUUAAAUGAUACCAAAAGCUUCACCCAUUUUACAGAAAUAAACAAAAAUGAGUAUUCCUACAAAUUCCUUGAAAAUAGUAAAUACAUAGAUCAUAUACCUAGAUAUGCUGUAUCAAGGAUAAUUAUUCAAUAAUUAAGUAAAGAAUGGCUAUGGAAAAGCAAUAUUUCCUAAUGGUAUAAUUUUAUCAUUCAUUUAGGGGAUAUAUUUGAAGGAAAUUGGAAUAAUAAUUAGAUGGAUGGUUAUGGAAAGUACAUAACCAUUGAUGACUAAAUUUAUGAAGGAUAUUGGGAAUAAAAUUAGUUGAUGACAACAGGGAUGUAAAUUAUUCUGCCAACAUUUGACUCAUAAAUGAUGACACAAAAGAUUGAACAAGAAAUAUAUAAAAAAUAUAAAGAAACAGAUACUAUCAUCUUUGAUAAUGGUACUAAUUUAAAAUACCAUUUAGGAUCUUCAUAUAGAGGUUAAUUAAUUGACAAUAUAUAAGAUGGUUGGGGAGUUUAAGUUGAUUAGUGUGGUAUGAAUUUAUAAAAUAUAACAAGGUCAAAAGUAUGAAGGGUAAUGGAAGAAAGGAAAAUAUAAUGGAUAUGGUAUUAAGUAUUUUAUUAAUGGGGAUGUGUAUAUUGGGCAUUGGAAAAAUGAUGAAGCAACAGGUUAUGGAGAGUAUUAAUAUUUUGAGGGGGCAAUUUAUAGGGGAUAUUGGCUACAUAAUUUCAAACAUUAUUUUGGGAUAGAAUAAUGGAAAGAGACAGCUAAUUAUAUUGGAGAAUUUUCAAAAGGAUUAAAAGAUGGUAAAGGAAUAUUGAAAUUUAAUGAUAAUUCAAUUUAUGAAGGAGAAUUUGUUAAUGAUGAAAUUUAAGGUUAUGGGGAAUAUCGUUGGUCUGAUGGUAGAACAUAUGUUGGAGGAUGGUAUAAAAAUAAAAUGUAAGGAAAUGGAAAAACUACUUGGCCUGAUGGAAGAAUUUAUGAAGGAUCUUAUGAUUAAGAUUUGAAAUAAGGGUUUGGUAUGUUUUGUUGGCAAGAUGGCAAGAAAUAUAUAGGAAAUUGGAUAUAAGGAAAAUAACAUGGAAUAGGAAUUAUGUAUACAUUAAAUGGAGACUAUAAAUUUGGAGAAUGGUUUGAAGGAAAGAGGAAAAGAUGGUUAGAUUAAUUAUAGGAUACAGAUAUAAUAGAAGCCUUUAAAUCUAAUCAUUAAUUGUAUAUUCUUGUUUAAUUUUAUAGAAUUUAUAGUGAAAAUAUUAAAUAGAUUUCAACGGAUAAAACAGAUGAAUCUCCUUUGAAAGCAUCUGAUAGUACUUUGUCUUUACCAAGAAUUAGUGAAAAAUAACUGAUUAGUAGAUAUAAUCUAACUUUUAUUUAAAAAAAUGGUUAAAUAUAUGUCGGUGAAACAUUUAGAGAAGAAAGAUCUGGAUAAGGAAAAUUAUUUUCUUUCGAUGGUUCUAUUUAUGAUGGUUAUUGGUAGAAUGACAAGAGACAUGGAUAUGGUAGAUAAGUCUAUGGAAAUGGUGAUAUUUAUGAAGGACAUUGGAUUUGUGAUAAGCAAAAUGGAAUAGGUAAAAUGACUUAUUCGGAUGGUAGUAUUUUAGAAGGAUUUUGGAAUGGUUAAACUUUGGAUGGUUAUGGAAAAUAAAUAUUGCCUCAUGGUUAAUAUUAUGAAGGAUAUUUUUUAAAUUGUUUAAGAAAUGGAGAAGGAAAAUUACUUUUUAAAGAUGGUUCAUAUUAUGAAGGAUAAUUUGAAUCAAAUGAAAUUAUUGGUAAAGGAACUUACACUUGGAGUGAUGGUUCUUAAUAUAUAGGAUAUAUGAGAAAUGGUUAAAAACAUGGAUAAGGCACAUUCAUUAAUAAUAAUGGAGAUCAUCAUAUUGGAUAGUAAAGAAUUAAAAUUAUAAACUCUUAGAUUUUAUAAGGAUACAUGUCAUGGAGAAGGAACCUAUAAAUUUAAUGAUGGUAAAAUCUAUGUUGGAUCAUGGUUUCAUGGUGUGAGACAUGGGAUAGGGAUAUUAAAGUUUCCUAAUGGAUAAAACUAGGAACUACAUUAUAUUUUUGGUGAAUUAAAAUAUUGA